CGGAGGCGGCGCGGGAGGGAGUCCGCUCGAAUUGCUGCAGGAAGCAGAAGAGGAACGAAGUGGAGCCAAACGCGAGAGGAAGACUGUGAGUGAAGGCUAAUGAUGGAAAGUGAGAAAAGAAGACAGCGAGGAGGAGGAAGAGCAAGGAGUUGAUGGAUCGGAGUAUUUUUAGAAGGCGAGCCACGGAAUAGCGAGGAGAACUCGUCUGCUCUGUUUUGUUUGCUUUCCUCCCCGAUGCCAGUGUCAUUUUGUAGCCUUGCACUUAAGACCUUGGUCGCGACGCCAGGCUCCAUCCGUCCAAGCGAGAAGCGGCACGUGGAAGUCACAGAAGUGAGACCACCGUUCGGAUGCAGACCGUCAAUCAGCUUCAGUAAGUCAAAUCACUGUUGCUGAAAGCCCUGAAACGGUAGACAAGAGAACCCCUGAACAAAGAUGCUCUGCUCUCAUUGAUUUCAUUUCCCUCUCAUCUCACGUUUGUCAAGCCCCACCCAUCCCUCCACCAACCCCCUACCCCCCAUCGCACCCCCACUGGUUUGUAUUCCAUCCUCCCUCCUCCUCCUUUGGCGUCCUCGCUCACUCGCUGUCACACAAGCUGCAGCAACGGACGCUUUUCAAUUUCUUUCCGCUGAGUCGGCAGCAUCAGGAGGGACCAACAAGUCCGCUCACUGAACCAACGCGGUGGUACCUCGGGGGGGAGUGUCCUUCCUCGACCAGUCAGAGGGUUGUACAUCCGGGUCUGGAUUUACCGUUUACCCUGGAGCUACAUGUGGGUCGCAGCCCCGCAAGCCGGGCUGGGAAAUGACGCCGUCCCCGCGGUUGUAGGAGCCCUGUGGGCGGCGGUCAUGGCUCGAGAGGGGCGCCGUAUCCGGUCCCCGACAGCCACCCAGCGGCACGGAACAACCCGGGCGCUCACUUCCACUCUGUUGUCGCAGACACACCUGCACGGGCUGAGGCAGGUGUGCGUCCCUGGCGGCUCCCUGGGCCGAAGAGUCCUCUGGCUCCUGGCGCUGUGCACCUCCCUGGGCCUGCUGCUGUCCUGGUCAUCCAACCGGCUACUCCACUGGAUGUCCUUCCCCACCUACACGCGGGUCCACACUGAGUGGGCCAAGGAACUGGCCUUCCCCGUGGUCACCAUCUGCAACAACAACCCCAUCCGCCUCUACAAGCUCACUAAGAGCGACCUGUACUUCGCCGGACACUGGCUUGGCCUGCUGCUGGCCAACCGUACUGUCCGGCCCCUGGUGCUGGACCUGCUGCAGGAGGACCGCAUAGGCUGGUUUGGCAAGCUGUCCGACUUCAGGCUUUUCCUGCCGCCCCGGAACUUUGAGGGCACCAACUUGGAAUUCAUGGACCGACUUAGCCACCAGCUGGAUGACAUGCUGCUCUCUUGCAAGUACAGAGGGGAACCUUGCGGGGCUCACAACUUCUCGUCCGUGUUCACCCGCUACGGCAAGUGCUACAUGUUCAACGCGGCCGAGGAGGGCAAAUCUCUGCGCACCACCAUGAAAGGCGGCACGGGGAACGGGUUGGAGAUCAUGUUGGACAUCCAGCAAGAUGAAUACCUGCCAGUGUGGGGCGACACAGAGGACACAGCGUUUGAGGCAGGGGUCAGAGUCCAGAUUCACAGCCAGGCCGAGCCCCCCUUUGUGCACGAGCUGGGCUUCGGCGUAGCACCCGGCUUCCAGACCUUCGUGGCAACGCAGGAACAGAGGCUCACAUUUUUGCCUCCCCCCUGGGGCGAGUGCGAGUCUAAGGCUCUGGAGUCGGGCUUCUUCCAAGUGUACAGCGUGACUGCCUGCCGGAUCGACUGUGAGACACGAUACAUCGUGGAGAAUUGCAAUUGCAGGAUGGUGCACAUGCCUGGCGACGCCGCCUACUGCACUCCUGAGCAGUACAAAGACUGCGCUGAGCCCGCCCUAGCCAAGCUGUCUGCGGCGGAGAGCAGCAGCUGCAUGUGCCGCACGCCGUGCAACGUGACACGCUACAACAAGGAGCUAUCCAUGGUCAAGAUACCCAGCAAGACUUCGGCGCGUUACCUCCAAAAGAAGUUCAACAAGUCGGAGAAAUACAUCGCUGACAACAUUUUGGUGUUGGACGUUUUCUUCGAGGCUCUCAACUACGAGACCAUCGAGCAGAAGAAAGCCUACGAGGUGGCGGGCCUGCUGGGUGACAUCGGCGGCCAGAUGGGGCUCUUCAUCGGGGCCAGCAUCCUCACCAUCUUGGAGCUUUUUGACUACGCCUACGAGGUGAUACGGGACAGACUACUGGACCUCCUGAGUCGAGAGGACGAGGAGGAGGGUCGCCGAGGGGAUGUGACUUCCUGUGAUCCGGUGGCCAACCACUCGGAGUCCAUCAGCCACAGCGUGGCCGUGCCCCUGCAGGCCACACUGGGCACCUUGGAGGAGAUCGCCUGCUGAGGCACCCUCGCCUCGCCCUGCCACCCCUUCCCCUCCGUCAUUAUCCAGACAGCCAAUCACGAGGCAUUUCAAAACUUUCUUAAGCCUCAGUGGUGACAAACUGGGCCGGGGGGGCGGGCGGGGUUCUGAGUGUGGAGAGACAUACCUGAGUAGCAUCUAUUGGUGGCUCGAUGAACACCACAGUGCAAAAAAAAAAAAAAAGACUGCGAGCCACCAAAGCGCAUGUGUCACUCAUAAUGUGCCCACGUGAUGAAUGUAGAGCGUCAACUCUGGAUUCCCGUUUCAGCUUUAAACGGGACAACCAAUCACAUCUUUCUGUUGGACAAAGGAAAAAAAACUCAGCCAAUCAAGACAGCAAAGAAACUCCUUUUUUUGUACUGUUAUUUUGAAUCAGGCUGCUAAAAGACUCAAGAGCAUACUCACACUAGGCCAUGCCGGACUUGCCAAAACGCUGCAACCUUCCUACUUUGUGGAUUAUUUGUAGUUGAUUUCUAUUGCGCAACGUGGCAGUUAUCAUUGACAACUCGUGAGAGGCGCUAUCGCAUGAAUCAUAUGACUGGGCAUUUUGUGCACAACCUAUUUGCGACUUUUUGGACUACAGAUUACUUCUAGUCCUUCUUUUGAAUUCUACUGUGCAACGCGGUGGUUAUCAUUGAUAAAUCCAGAUAGGAGCAAUCGCAUUAGACAUGUGGCGCACACUUUGUACGUACGUAUGUGCUCGAGCAUGCGGUUGUCUUUUUUUACUUGGGAUUAUUUCUAGUCGUUUUGUUGAUUUCAAUUGUACAAGGUGGCAGUUAUGUAUAAUUGGAGGAGCCAUGGCAUGAAUCCUGUGACAGAUGCAUUGCAUGUGCCUGAGUGUGCUGUGAGCUUUUUCCACUGUUGAUUAUUUUUAGUCCUUUUGUUAAUUUCUAUUGUGUAAAAUGGUGGUUAUUGUAAAUAGCUGCUUAGAGCAGCCAUCACAUGCAUCAUACAAAAUGGCAUUUUGUGACAAGUGGACUAUUUUAGUUAUUUCUAUUCGUUCUGUUGAUUUCUUUUGUGCUAGGUGGCGGUUGUCAUUGCUAACUGGUGACAGGAGCGAUCGCAUUAGGAAUCUACAUUGUGCAUCCACUUGUCCACGUGUGACCACAUUUUUUUGACUCUGGAUUAUUUAGCCGUUCUGCCAAUUUCUAUUGUGCACGAUGGCGGUUAGUGUGAAUAACUGGCAAGGAGCUAUUGCAUUAGAUUAGACGCAUACAUUGCAUGUGCUUGGACCAAGCGUGCAGUGGCCUUUUUUUACUUUUUCGAGUUGUCGUAUUUAAUUUAUAUUAUACAAGGAUUAUGAUGAAAAACAGACAAGGAGUCCAAGCGUACUGGACAUUCGGUGUCAAGCGGGCCCAAGCGCGGUUCUGAUGGCCUAGUGUGAGUCCGCACAAAGAGAGAGCAUCUUUGAGAGGAUGCCACACUCCCACUGCUAUCUAAGGGACUCAAGGUGGAGUGUUUGGUGUACUGUGACAUUAAGGCCGGCAGUGUACAAAAUGUUGUAUGGUGAUGAUGUCAUUAACCAAAAGAUCCCUGGCAAGUUUUCACCAUUUGUCCCAAACACAAAUAGCUCAGCCAGAAAGCUCUAUUUGAUCUUAUUUGUAAUGGUAGUGUAAAUGUGUUUUUUAGACUCACAUUUGCUUUAGGUAACAGUGUUACAUAACGGGAAUGUUGAAAAAAAUGGAGGAUGCAAUAGAUCUUUCACUAAGACUUAGCCCGCCUUGAGUUACUGUUGCUUUGUGGAAAGGGUUAAAAAGGAGGGAUAUUUAAAAACAAAAAAACAAAAAAAAAAGCUUUUAUUUUUCUCAUUUAGUUUUGGGGUGGUUUAAGUGCAACAAAAUGUUUCAUUUUCUGGCUAGAACAAGUACAUUGCAUAUCUUGGAGUAGGAAAUGGAAAAGAUUCAAAUGACUAUGCGGACAGGCAUUUCACUAUAAUUACCUUUGAAAAGAGGAACAAUACUUUAUUUUAUUUUAGUAGCUUAAAUAAAUUAAUUAAAAAAUAGAAUUUGUUACCUUUUAGAAGGGCAAACAUUUUUUUCACUAGUUUUAAAUGAACAAAUUAUUAAAUUAAAGAUUAAAAUUAAUUAGGUUUUCAAAGACAUUUUUUCUCUAAUUACCUUUGAAAAGAGCACAUUUUAUUCUAUUCGACCAAAUCAACAAAUGCAAAAAAAAAAGCAAAAAUAUUUAAUUUCAUUUAUUUUAAUAAUUCUUAGUAAAAUAUUACAGAUUAAAAUAAUCUAAUUUAUUAUUAUUAUUUCUGCUGGACUGUUGCUUGAUGCUGCAUUGUGAUUGGUUAGUCUGUGUUUAGGGGGUAUGGCUUAGCAAAAGCUCAAUUCUGGGAUGGUGCAACACCUCAUCUGAAAUAUUUUUGCCAUCUUUGUGAUUUAUUUAUUUUUUGUCCACAAUCAUCUCAGCAUGGCCUCUCUGCCAUAUCGCUCGUAAUGAAUUCAUCACCACCACUUUAAAUUCUGAUUCCCCCUCCCCCCCUCCAUGUCCGUUGCACUUGAAAGCUGCCGUCUUCGUGUUCCGCCUCGUGUUGCAGCGUUGGCGCCAACUGAAACUGCUCGCUGUACCUGGGCGCCGUGUUUUUGUGCCAAGGUGCCAACAUUGUGUGUGUCUGUUUUCAAUGUGAAACCAUUAAAUCACACUUUUUGCAA